AUUAUUUUCUCUCUGUUGACACAAUCAAGUCUAUUUCACGGCGAAGGAAGCUUCUUCUCGCUGCUCGCGCGAUGUUAUGUCCGGAGCUCGAUCGGUGCUCAUCGUCUCCAAUGUCGUCUGCGACCGUCAGCCCCGACGCCUCAGGCUCAGAUAAAGUGAGAGAUAAGGAGGGGACAGGGAUGGAGGCAGUCAAGGAAGGAGGUUUUCUUGCAAGCUCAGGACCUGAGCCCUCGGAAACUGAUCCGAAAGCUCGGGUUGAUGCUAUGUGGGAGCAAAUGAACAAAGGGACCUCUAAGCAGAUACUCCAAUCCGUUUGCAGAAAGCCCAGUUCAACCGUGAAUAAUGCUAAGCGCAAGACGUCCACCAGUUGGAUGAAUUAUCUAGGCUUGGCUCCUAAGAAGGCAGAAUCGUUGUCACAAGAGCAACCCCAGGAAAGGUCUAAUCCAGUCCCGAAUGGAAGUAGUGAUGAGGCUAAGAGACUUGCCGCUGCUGCUCUCUCAGCAGUGAAGGAGGCAGCAGCUGCUGCUGCUUCAGUGAGGGGUAAAGUUGAGAUCACUGAAAUUCGGGACUUUGCUGGUCAAGAUAUAGAAGUAAAGAAGCUUGUGGAUUCUGAUUCGAAAGAGGCAUCUGACAAGGCCAAGGCUGCUGCACCUUCUGCUGUUGAUGCUGUUCUUGAACAAAUAAAGAAGAAACCGAAGCUGAGCGUGCUUGAUAAAACAAAGAAGGACUGGGGAGAGUUUAAAGAAGAGAACCAGGGGAUGGAAGACGAGCUUGACGCCUACAAGAAAAGCUCGAAUCAGUAUCUGGACAGAGUUUCCUUCUUGCAACGAGCAGACUACCGUGAGUUCGAGAGGGAAAGAGAUGCGCGCCUCGCCAUGCAAGCCAGGAGGAAGCCAGACAUGCGGGAUGAGCCCUGAACAUGGAACAUUGUUGAACAUACAUGCUGGCGCAACUUCUGGAGCAGUGGCCACCCUAUUCACUAAAAAGAGUGAAAUUCCCUAAAAGGGGACAUGAAGACCAGUCGUAAGUGAUGCUUUUCCCGGGAGAGGUUUUGAAGAGCAGUCUCUCUUCUCCUAAACAAACUAGUUUAUUGUGGGAGAGUUUUUUAAGCCAAUUCUCGGUUUCACCAAUCCUCAAGAGCCCGUUUUCUGGUUAAUGGGGGAAUUCUGCUUCGCGGUGAUGAAUUUAACGGAUGAAUCUCCAAUGUCGCAUUGUUUGAUGUGUAUUGUUCAUGAUGUUAGUAGAGUAGGACACAUAACCAAUGCUAAUGGUCAUGGAUUGUUGUUUCCAAUUCCAAAGAUCUCUGUAUUAGCUUUUGCACGAGAAAGAUAGCCUCAGUGAUGGGUUUAAAAUUG